AUGCUGAUGUCCAACAUGGUUAUUGUCUUCGGCUUCUUGCUCUGCUGCCCAUUUUUCUUAAUGCUUGUAGAGCAGGGCCAAGCAGUGGUGAUUACUGACGCAAUGCCGUCCGAGUACCCAUACGUGGUUAGGUUUUACCUCUUAAUUCCUAUCGCACAUACCGAGAUCACUACUCCUGGACUGGUGGUCAGUAGUAAAUUCGUGCUAACCUUCGUAUCGACCGCUGUGUUUGGAUUUUCAAAUUUCACAAUGACUGACCAGUUUGGCGUGGUUCGAACCCCAGUCAAAAACGGAACAAUCCUCAAAGGCGCGGCUACAUAUUUCAAAGUAUGUAGGAAAUUUGGUGGAGCAAAGUAUUCGCUCCGUGAAAGUGACUUCAACAACCUGACGACCGCCGUCCCUGACGCUCAGCUGAUUUUUUUCAAUAAAACAUCGCCGGUCCUGAGAAAGAUGACUAUCCCUGUGAUGAACAAAACCGCCUGCGCUACUGCUAAGGGAGUGAACCCCUCAACAAAUUCCUAUAUUUGCAUGGAUACCAGUGGCUUUACUGACUUGUGUUCGAUCUUCAUUUUCAACGGUACCAUAACAAUGGAUUAUAUAACUGGUUGGAGUCCAUUGCUAGCGAUUGGUGGCCAGGUACAAGGCCUUCCUUCUGAUAAAGGCUGCAACGAUACUACUUAUUGGUCAUCUGGAAACCUCGCUGUUCUCCGCCAGAAUUUGACUGCCGAACUUCCUGUUGUGGAUAUCGUUUAGUCAAGGUUUUCCGAUCAGAAAAUAUUAUUUGUCAACACACAAUAAAUAAUUUUCUCCGCCUGGUAAUCUC